AUGGCUGGAGAAGCUGAAGGUGGGCAGACGCAGGUUGAUGAGCUUAAAGAGAUCACUGAAAGACCAAAAUGGGACAAUAAAGUUCAGUAUUUGCUGACCUGCAUAGGUUUUGCAGUGGGGCUUGGUAAUGUGUGGAGAUUUCCAUAUUUGUGUCAGAUCUAUGGUGGAGGGGCGUUCCUGAUCCCGUAUGUCGUUGCUCUGGUGUUUGAGGGACUCCCUCUGCUGCACAUGGAGCUGGCCAUCGGACAGCGGCUCCGCAUGGGGAGCGUUGGAGUCUGGAGCUCCAUCUCUCCGUACAUGGGAGGGUUAGGCGUGGCGUCCCUGAUGGUCUCCUUCCUGGUUGGUCUCUUCUACAACAUGAUCCUGGCCUGGAUCCUCUGGUACUUCUUCCACUCAUUUCAAAGUCCACUUCCCUGGAGGGACUGCCCAAUAAACCUGAAUCAUACUGGCUACAUAAGUGAAUGUGAGAAGAGCUCGUCAGUGAACUAUUUCUGGUAUCGUGAAACUCUGAACAUCACUCCAAACAUCGAGGAGAGCGGGUCUAUCCAGUGGUGGCUGGUUCUGUGUCUGGCUGCUGCCUGGUGCCUCGUCUACAUCUGCUUCAUACGGGGGAUUGAGACUAUUGGGAAGGCUAUUUAUGUGACAGCCACCUUCCCGUAUCUGGUUCUGACCAUCUUCUUGAUCAGAUCUUUGACUCUGUCUGGAGCCACGGAUGGAUUAAUAUAUCUCUUCACUCCAAAUUGGGAAACGCUGAAGAACCCGAAGGUCUGGUUAGAUGCUGCUACUCAGAUCUUUUUCUCUUUGUCCUUGGCCUUUGGAGGACUUAUUGCUUUUUCCAGUUAUAACGCUCAGAAGAACAACUGUGAGAGAGAUGCUCUGAUUGUUGGAUGUGUGAACAGUUUUACCUCAAUAUAUGCAUCAAUUCCUAUUUUUGCCAUUCUUGGAUUUAAAGCUAAUGAAAACUACAAUGCCUGCAAAAAUUGGAACAUAUUGAGACUGACUAAUUCAUUCAACAUUGGAGAUGAAAACAUAACUCUUGAGAACUAUGAAGACUGGUUAAAUUAUCUCAACAUGACGGAUCCAUCACAGGUUGAAAGCCUCAAUCUAAAGACCUGCGACCUUCAGACCUUCCUGGACCAGAGCGUCUCGGGGACUGGUCUGGCCUUCAUCGUCUUCACCGAGGCGGUGAUAAAGAUGCCCGGCUCUCAGGUCUGGGCCGUGCUCUUCUUCGUGAUGCUCUUCAGUCUGGGCCUGUCCUCCAUGUUUGGGAACCUGGAGGGGGUCCUCACUCCUCUGCUGGACCUGCACCUGAUCCCAUCCUGGAUCCCUAAGGAGGUUUUCACAGGGUUAAUGUGUCUCACCUCCUUCGCUGUGGGCCUCGUCUUCACUCUGGGCUCUGGGAACUACUGGCUGGAGAUCUUCAACAGCUUCGUGGGCUCCAUGCCUCUGCUCAUCAUAGCCUUCUUUGAGAUAAUCAGCGUGGUGUACAUCUAUGGAAUAAACAGGUUUAGUGACGACAUUGAAUGGAUGACGGGUCGGAGGCCGAACCUCUACUGGAGGGCCACCUGGUGCUUCAUCAGCCCCUUCAUGCUGCUGGUGGUCUUUGUGGCGUACGUCGUGGUCGAGGCGGAAAAACGACCAACAUAUAACGCCUGGAACCCAGAUUAUGAGAACUUCCCCCUGGCUGAUGUUCAACACUAUCCUGAAUGGGUUUUUUCCAUCUGUGUGCUCUUAUCUGUCCUUCCUGUUGUCUCCAUUCCUCUUGUGGCCUUCUACAAAUUCAUGGGCUUCCUGAAGACGUACAUCGAGAACAGGCACAACCAGAAUCCAUAUGCAAAUGACAUCUGUAAUGGAGAUUUGUAA